CUCGGCAGUCUGCUGCGGGACCAGGACAGACAGCUGAAGAGAGGAGGGUCUCUGAAUGUCCGACCGCUACAAUCCGUGGAUCACGGCGAACCCACGCGCGCUACCCACAGGUAUUCACUGAAAUGAUGAGCAGCCUGUAGGACUGGACUGUGCAAAGUGCCAAAGGUCAGCAGUGCAGGAAAAGACAACUGAAUAUUUGAAAACAAAGGGCAUAGUUUGCUACUACUGGUGGUUUACCAGUGGGUCGGCUUAGCAUUUUUGUGGCGGUUAGAAGGAAAGAAGAAAGGAGGAGGACUUGGCUAUGGUCACAACUAUGGACGAUCCUUGUCAGAAUGGGGUGCAGGAGGAACCGAUGCCCUCAGCACAACCUGCCGCUGAGGAGCCCACUGCUGUGCAGUCCUCUCAAGGAGCGGAGACGUCUGGAGCCAUGCAGCAGGCGAAGGAUAAUGGCGGAGAAGGUUCCACUUCCACAGGAGUGAAAGACAUUGACCUGCUUUUCCUUCGCGGAAUCAUGGAAAGUCCAAUUGUACGCUCCCAUCCUCAGGCCCAGGAACAGCAGGAGGAUGUGAAACUAGAAGCUGUGCAGGACAACAACGUGGAGCUGGUGACGGAGAUCCUGGGCGACAUCAGCAACCUCAAGGUUAAAGAUGACAGUGCCUCUGAGCUCUCUAGGAUCCUCCAGGAGCCACACUUCCAGUCUCUUCUGGAGGCACACGACAUGGUGGCAUCAAAAUGCUAUGAAGUUCCUCCACAGACUGAGACGGCCAACGAUGCUGCGGUGAACAGCGCGCUCAUGCAGGCUGACGCCGUCCGUAUGAUCGGCAUCCGAAAGAAAGCCGGCGAGCCGCUGGGUGUUACGUUUCGUGUGGAGAAAGAUGACCUGGUUAUAGCCAGGAUCCUCCAUGGCGGCAUGAUCGACAGGCAGGGGCUGCUUCACGUGGGUGACAUCAUUAAAGAGGUGAAUGGCAAGGACGUCGGCAACAACCCCACAGAGCUGCAGGAGAUGCUGAAGAACUGCAGUGGAGGGAUCACGCUGAAGAUCCUCCCCAGCUACAGGGACGCCCCUGCACCUCCGCAGGUGUAUGUGCGGCCGUACUUUGACUAUGAUCCUGCCAGUGACAACCUGAUUCCCUGUCGAGAGGCCGGAAUGGCUUUUAAGAGAGGCGACAUCCUCCAGAUUGUCAACAGGGAGGAUCCCAACUGGUGGCAGGCGUGUCAUAUGGUGGGUGGGGCCACAGGGCUAAUACCCAGUCAGUUCUUGGAGGAGAAGAGAAAAGCCUUCGUUCCUCGAGACUUUGACGGAUCAGGAAUCCUCUGCGGAACCUUAGCUGGGAAAAAGAAAAAGAAGAUGAUGUAUUUAACAGCAAAGAAUGCAGAGUUUGACAGACACGAGUUGCAGAUCUAUGAGGAAGUAGCAAAGGUCCCUCCAUUCCAGAGAAAGACGCUGGUCCUGAUCGGUGCUCAGGGGGUCGGCCGACGCAGCCUGAAGAACCGACUGAUGGUCCUCCAACCCACCCGCUUUGGCACCACUAUACCAUACACUUCUCGGCGGCCCCGGGACGAGGAGCUGAGUGGCAACACCUACCACUUCACCUCACGGACGGAGAUGGAGGCGGACGUGAAGGCCGGCCGCUUCCUGGAACACGGCGAGUACGAUGGCAACCUGUACGGCACAAAAAUCGAAUCCAUCCAUGAAGUGGUUGCCACGGGACGCACCUGCAUCCUGGACGUGAACCCCCAGGCUUUGAAGGUACUGAAGACAGCAGAGUUCAUGCCCUACGUGGUUUUCAUUGCAGCGCCUGAUUUUGAUACACUCAAAGCCAUGCACAAAGCUGUGGUGGAUGCAGGCCUCACAACAAAACAGCUCACGGAUGUGGACCUGAGGAAGACUGUGGAUGAGAGCGCCCGUAUCCAGAGGGCCUACAACCACUACUUUGACCUGACUAUAGUCAACGACAACCUGGACAAAGCGUUUGAGACGUUACAGGCUGCUGUGGACAAACUGUGCACUGAGCCUCAGUGGGUCCCUGUGAACUGGGUGUAUUAAGAAGCAAUUCCACAGACCAUCGCUGGGCGAUCCAAUGCGUUUUCUGACCAAAAAUGACCGGCGAAGAAGACGUAAGGGAGGAGAUACUACUGAAUAAUAAUAUUUGAUUGCUCUUUCUCCUCCUAGACCUGCACACUGUGCAACUCCUUUUCUACUCCAAACUUAAAGGGAAAGAGUGCUUAUGUAUUUUAUAACUUUUUUAAUGAAAAAUCUUUAUAUCCCACGUGGAAUCAAUCAUAUUGUCAUGUAUUUGAGCUAGUGUUUUUUCCAUUUAAUUUAUUGUAGUUUUUAGAGUUGUAGACUUUGUUUUUUUUAUUGCCAUUUCUCUGUGACAGGAAUCACUGAAGCUCUAAGAUGAAGUGGCUCAUGUCUGAACAACCACUGUAGCUUCUCUUCACUUGAAUUCCCCUCAAUUGCAUCGUUUUUAACAACAAGCCCUUAAUCCAUUUGUCUUCAUCCUCCAGCUUGAUCAAGGGGACAGAACUACCAGUAGUCAAGCUGGACAAAAACCUACUUGAUUUGCUAUAAAAAAGAUCAAACACUUCAUUUCGUGAUUAGCUGUGUGUCAUUAUAUUGUUUUCAAUCUGUGUUAAUAGUGGAUAAAGGUUGAUCAGACAUGGUUCCCAGCUUUAUUUUUCCUAAUUUAUCUAAAAUGUGUCACUUUGCCACUCGCCCACCCCCCUCCCAUCUUCAAAACCCCAACCAGUUCAUGUCGUCUGUAAAUGAGAGUCCCUCUGUCCUUUUUAGAAUCACCUAAAGUUGAAGCCCAAAUCUCAGUAAAACUGAUAUGAAGUCAAAUUCUACACAUCCAGCAAAGGCUAAACAUUAUAAAUGGAGAAUUAUUCUUUUUCAGCUUUAAAAUAAAAAAAAGUAACUAUUUUUGAAGCAUUUGUCAGAUGAGAAAUGAUUGCAUUGUUAAAUAUUUGUAGUUUUAAGUUUAAUUUGCCUCAUACCGAACAGUGAUUUUAAAUGUCUCCACUUCCACCUUCCAUGCUUGUUUUUACAUGUUUUAGUAAAGUUCUAA